GGCUCACGGCGCCGUCGCGGCGUGAUGACGUAAGCGGGAACGCGCGGCGGCGGGUCCCGGCUUCUCCGCCAUGGCGAAGACUGUGGCCUAUUUCUACGACCCGGACGUGGGCAACUUCCACUAUGGAGCGGGGCACCCCAUGAAGCCGCAUCGCCUGGCGCUGACCCACAGCCUGGUCCUGCAUUACGGGCUCUACAAGAAAAUGAUUGUUUUCAAACCGUACCAGGCAUCCCAGCAUGACAUGUGCCGAUUCCACUCCGAGGACUACAUAGACUUCCUGCAGAGAGUGAGUCCCAACAACAUGCAGGGAUUCACCAAGAGCCUCAAUGCCUUCAAUGUGGGUGAUGACUGCCCAGUCUUUCCGGGCCUCUUUGAAUUUUGCUCUCGCUAUACUGGCGCUUCCCUGCAGGGAGCAACACAGCUGAACAACAAGAUCUGUGAUAUUGCAAUAAACUGGGCAGGGGGCCUGCAUCAUGCCAAAAAGUUUGAGGCUUCUGGAUUUUGUUAUGUUAAUGACAUAGUUAUUGGCAUCCUGGAGCUGCUCAAGUAUCAUCCACGUGUUCUCUAUAUUGAUAUCGACAUCCAUCAUGGAGAUGGUGUGCAGGAGGCUUUCUACUUGACAGACCGUGUCAUGACAGUGUCAUUUCAUAAAUAUGGGAACUAUUUCUUUCCUGGUACAGGUGAUAUGUAUGAAGUUGGUGCAGAGAGUGGUCGUUACUACUGUCUCAACGUGCCUCUACGAGAUGGCAUUGAUGACCAAAGUUAUAAACACCUCUUCCAGCCAGUCAUUAACCAGGUGGUAGAUUACUAUCAGCCCACCUGCAUAGUACUGCAGUGUGGUGCUGAUUCUCUGGGUUGUGACCGUUUGGGUUGUUUUAACCUCAGUAUAAGAGGACAUGGGGAGUGCGUGGAGUAUGUAAAGAGUUUCAACAUCCCCUUGCUGGUAUUGGGAGGAGGUGGUUACACAGUCCGCAAUGUGGCACGAUGCUGGACUUAUGAAACAUCAUUGCUUGUAGAUGAAGCAAUUAGCGAAGAGCUCCCAUACAGUGAGUACUUUGAAUACUUCGCUCCAGACUUCACCCUUCAUCCUGAUGUCAGUACAAGGAUUGAAAAUCAGAACUCCAGGCAGUACUUGGAUCAGAUCAGGCAGACAAUAUUUGAGAAUCUGAAAAUGCUGAACCAUGCUCCCAGUGUGCAGAUCCAUGAUGUUCCUUCUGACUUGCUCAGCUACGAUCGCACAGAUGAGCCUGAUCCAGAGGAAAGAGGCUCCGAGGAAAACUACAGCAGGCCUGAAGCUGCCAACGAGUUUUAUGAUGGUGACCACGAUAACGACAAGGAGAGUGAUGUUGAAAUCUGAGGGCUCUGGACUGUGGGGGGUCCCGAUUGGACAUGGGUGCUUGGAGCAGAUAACUGGGCCACGUAGGAGCCAGUUAGCCCUCCCUUCGUAUUUAAUUGCAUGUGGUGUCAGCAGAAACAACACCACUGCAGUCUUCUGUUACCUGGAGAGGCAGAGAGCAGUGAAAUGUGUUCCCUACUUUCCACCAUGUGUCAUGGUUCCAGCUGUCACCGCUCUGGGAAAUUCAAGUAGCACUCAAAUCUGGGCUGUGUACUGGCUGGCAGCUGUGCGACUGCCUUCAGAGCCUGACCCCCAUGCUGGUUCAGUCACCUCCUGUAACUUCCAUGUGGGCUUCUGCCAGCAAGGUGGGAGCUGGAGUGAUUGUGCCUACGAUCUCUGCCUCUCUUCAGCAGCAACAGCUGAUACAUCCUGCUCUCCCUGGCCCUGUGCUCAGGUACCCAGUCAACUGUCCUCUGAAGCCUGCACUGAGAGUUGCUUCCUCACGUCCCUCCUAACCAUCUGAUGCUCCACAGCUCAAGGAAGACUAUUCAAGGAGACAAGGCCAGUGGUGGGAUAGGGAUCAGGAGUGUCCCUGGAGCAGGGAGCAGCUUGAUGGAGCAGGAUAGACGAAUGUAUGCAGAGCACAGUCUUCUUCAUUCCCCGCCCCCCAUACUCAGUUUCACGUUCACAAAUGAGUACUGCAACACUUUGCCGAGUUGGACCUAACUUCCCUGUUUUCUUUAUUUUCCAAGAGGCUAAAAUCACUGUGGAACAGAGGUUUGGCUGCCAAGGUCAGUACAUAGUGUGUCUUGCACCUCUAAUGUAGCUUCCAGCUGUGUUUUCCAAGUUCACACAUGGCCCUUCUGCGUGUUAGCAAGAGAUUUAGAGCUGCUUGCUUGGAGUGGAAACCAUUCCCUCUUGACUGUACCCAGGAGAUGCUGCUCUGCUCAUGGGUGAGGGAAGCUGCUUCCUCCAAGUCCUGUUGUCUUGCCCUCACACAGCAGAGAUUUCUCUUGGCCAUCCAUUAAAUCCCAGACUUUGCUGCUCCUUCUCCCAAGUCAUCACCUGGUACCUGUUGUGGUUUGGAGUGUGCUGUUUGGGAGGGGUUUAGCCUCUGACUGUCUGUACUGUUCUAUUUGUUUACUGAUGUCCUUAAACAUUAAAUGAAGAGGCAGUAUUUUUCUUA